UAAAAGCAGAGUAGGAUGGCUCAAGCUGGACAAAGACAAUCACAGCAAAGCCGGUGACUACUGACGGAGGAAAAGAGCAACACAAUGGAGACACAGAAGAUGCAAAGAGUAGAAAAGGAUCUAUCAGAACAAAUCAAAAACGUGACCAUGGAGAGUCACAUGAGGGCAGAGAACACAGAGUUAAUGUUGAGCUUCCAGAAGGGGCAAGUCACCAGGCUGCAGUAUAAGCUUCUGCUCAGCUCCCUCCGUGAGAUCUACCAGACCUUGGAAGAUGAGCUGGACAGGAACUCCAACCACCCCGCCGUGGAGCCUAUUUACUUCCCAUCUGAGCUAGCCAGGCUGGAGUCCAUUGAGAAAGACCUGGACUACUUCUACGGUCCAGACUGGAAGGAGAAGAUCGUUGUACCCGCGGCCACAAGAAGAUACUGUGACAGACUCCGCGAGAUUGGGGAGAAGAACCCAGAGUUUCUGGUGGCCCACGCUUACACCCGUUACCUGGGCGACCUGUCUGGUGGCCAGGUCCUCGGCCGCAUCGCCCAGAAAUCCAUGGGCCUGAAAAGCGGCGAGGGUCUGUCCUUCUUCGCUUUUCCGGGCGUGUCCAGCCCCAACCUUUUCAAGCAGCUCUACCGGAGCCGCAUGAAUGUGCUGGAGCUGAGCGAGGAGCAGAGAAACGGCGUUCUGGAGGAGGCCGUCAAAGCGUUUGAGCUUAACAUCCAGGUCUUUGAGGAUGUGCAGAAGAUCCUGAGUGUGGCUGAGGACCAUCAAGACUCCAAAGUUGUGAAAAGUAACUCUGCUCUACAAAGCUCCGUGAUGGGCGCUCCGCUCUUCAGGAUGCUCCUCGGAAUCCUGGUGGCUGUUGUCACCAUGGGAAUCUGUAUGUCGUAGGGCUUUGUGUAUAUAAUGUGAGUCACCUCAGGGUGCAGCUUAUAGCACAUAACCAUGACUUCAUUAAAACGGUUGUGGUAUUGGAACGUUCGCACAGACCAGCAAAAAUGAAUGACAACAUGACUGGCCAGUAGUUGGCGAUGUCACUUUGUAAAGAAACACUAUGCAAAUGGUCGCCAACUGCUUUUAGUCAUCCGUCUCAACAAAAAAUCAUUUUGCUAAUGUGCGUGAGUGACAAGUUUGAUGUCAACGCUACAAUAGAGUUGAGAUCCACCAUGAUAGUUUAUAUUGUGACGUCCUUUCUCUUUGUUUCGGUAUUUUCCAUUGUACAGCUAAGCCAUAACACUGGCGUUUGGCUUUUCCAAAAGUCUGCGUUUUCACACUCAGAACACUGUUGCCAUGUGAACAAACUGCCAAAAACGACAGCACUUGACUCCAUUUGGAGUUUCAAAAUGGUUCCGUGGAAAAAAAUGCUACCCAAGUUCUUUGAGCGCCGUCUUGGGGAGGUCAUGAGCAAGACGACUGUUUUCGCUCUCUUCCAUUUUAUGUGAACAUCACCAUUCAAAUAACUGCUGGCAAGCCAGGUGAUGUUGACAACACAUCACCUUUUCAGAAGUGGUCUGAGACUAAUUGCUGAAUUUGUUUUUGUGGGUAAGAGAGACUAAGAUGGACGGUUACAAGUGGACUUGGAAACAAAAUUUCUUUUUGCAUUCACAUUGCAGUCAGUCAGCUGCUUAUUUCACUUCCACUUGUACUUCAGGUCUUAAUGGGCCUAAUUCAGUGGAAAGCAAGUGAAUCCAGAGAGCGUACUCAUUUGUUUUUAUUGCACAGGUUAAAGAUUUGAAACUGAACUGAGACCACUUCCAGGAUUCAAUUCAGUUUUGGUUUCUUUGAAUUUAUACUAUUUUACUGUAAUAUAAUUGUACAUAGAAUUCAAUAAUAAACUGUAGUUAUGUCUUAUUUGACU